UUAACUUUUACAAUUUUUCAUUUGGUCAAAAUGACCCAUUUUAUGCAGAAAAUACAGAACAAGGUGUUGCUACAGUGAAUUCUUCUCUGCAACCUUCAUUUGAUGGUUGGUGAAGUCCAACUUCUAAUUGGACGAUUGCCAAAUGUAUUCAUUUAAGUAAGCAGGCAGAGCCUUAUAUAAGCAAAGGCUUUGGACAAUGCUGAAGCAAGAAAAGACACCAAUUAACAUUUACGUGUAACCUGCCUGAGCUUUUAAAAGGUAUAAUAUUAUGUUAUUGUUUGUAAUGAAUUAAUGCAGUGCAUUUUUUUUUGCAAAAUGAAUUGUUAUUUGUAAUGGAAAAAUGUUUUGCAGGAACACAGAAGUACAGUAUGGCACCAGAGAUUACUGUCAACGUCAGUGCUGCUGACCACAUACCUCUCUGUUAUGAAUUAGAUAAGAGGUUUUACAUAUUGAUAAACAGUACUUCAACAGCAUGUGUUUUGUUAUAUGUUUAUCUUGGCUGCUUAUCAGUUGUUAUUGUAUGUGGAAAUCUUUUUAUUAUAAUCUCUAUUAUUUACUUUAAGCAGCUCCACACUCCUACAAACUCUCUCAUCCUCUCGCUGGCUGUGGCUGACCUGCUGGUUGGGCUGCUAGUGUUUCCCUUCAACACCAGAUUUACUGUGAGCUUCUGUCUUGAUCGUGGGCAUUUAUAUUGCAAACUGCGAAACGCUUUUGAUGUAACACUGAGCACAACUUCUAUUUUGAAUUUAUGUUGUAUUUCUAUUGAUAGAUACUACGCAGUGUGUCAACCUCUCACCUACAGAGCUAAGAUGAGUUUUCAUGUUGUUGGUACUAUGAUUCUGGUGACCUGGGGUAUUUCCAUUCUAGUGGCUAUUGGCUUUUUAGUUUCAGAAUUUAAUUAUGAAAAGUGUGAAAAGUCCUGUCUUAUUGAUAUUUUACUUGCAAAUAUUUUGGGACCUAUUUUGGGAUUUUAUGUCCCAGUGAUCAUAAUGUUAUGUAUAUACCUAAAGAUUUUCCUUGUUGCACAGAGGCAGGCACGUAGUAUACAGAACAAGAGCUGUCAAAUGAGAACAUUUGGAUCCACUGUGAGUAAGCUGGAAAGAAAGGCCACUAAAACUCUCGCUACUGUUUUGGGAGUUUUUCUGAUGUGUUGGACUCCUUUCUUUCUGUGCUUUAGCUUCCAGCUUUUCCACAAUGUCUCGGUGCCACCUGCAGUGUUUGAAACUCUCAAUUGGUUUACAUUGUCAAACUCAAUGCUUAAUCCUUUUAUUUACGCUUUCUUCUACAGUUGGUUCCGAGCAGCUUUCAGAAUCAUUGUUUCUGGAAAAAUAUUUCAAGGUGAUUUUGCUAACGCAAAACUGACUUAGCAUAUUGUUUGAAAACCUAAAUUAACAAAAGUUAUGACACAACUACAAAAGUAUCAGUAGUAAAAAUGAGCCCAUUUAUUCAUUCUGUUUGUAUCCAUGCAUUUGAUCACUACAACAUUCUUUAUGAAAAGAUACAGAUCUGAAUACAACACAUAUGAUGCAUUUGUUUAUUUAAUGUAUAAAAUGUAUUGCAUUGCAUUUAAUGCCACAAUAUUAUUAUGUAUUGAUAAAAAAACAUUCUGAUAAUUGUAGAUUACACGUGUAAGAGUGCUUAAAAUAAAUAUGGUGAA